AACUUGUUUUUGGUAGAUGAAAGUUAUAUACUUUUACAAAAUGGACCUUAAACUUGUUAAUCGUUAUCGUGAACUACAGCAAAAAUACGGUGAAAGCGAGCCUUCGGAGUCACGUUUUCGAUUCUAUUCUUCGGGAUGUUUUCAAACAGUUGCAGGAGAUACGAUCAACACGCAUAAGUUGACAGUUUCUCGAACAAUUCACCGUGUUUCUAAGGCUCUUUACAAAUCAUUUCCAAGCGUGUUUGGGUGCGUAAAUGACACUCAUGUGAAAAUACAGGGACCGUCUGAGCACGAAAGUGAAUUUGUAAAUAAAAAUGGUUAUCAUUCAAUAAAUGUACAGCUAGUUUGUGAUAGUGGCAUAAAUAUAAUUAACUGUGUUGUUAAGUAUUCUGGAAAUAGCCAUGACACCAGGAUUUUGACCGAGUCAAAGCUGUACAGAGCUUAUGAAGUACAUCCUUGAUUAGUCACGGGAUAAACUCAAGAAAGAAUUGAAGAUGCUGAAAAGACGCCUUCCUUGCCUUUCAAAGAAACAUCAAGGUAUGUCAUACUAAAUUAUAUUGGAGUUAUAAGUUUUGGAAACAAUAUUUUUACAUUAUAUUUGAAUAUUAUG